AUGGUUUCCCCUUUUCCAUCUGAAUACAGGUUGUCUACUUCUCUUCUCCACCUCAAAUCUCAUGUACCAUCUUUCUCGCUCUCUUUCUCUGCUUCUUCAACCUUGAACCGGAACAGAGAAGAAGCGAGCAAUGAGGACCCACUACAACCAAUCGCCACUUCUCCGGCAUUGUAUCACUCCGACAAGAAGGAAGUGAUUACAGAAGACUAUUUUUUCAGAUCAAUAAAAAGAAGAGAAGAAACUUGGCAGGAUGGAGUCUAUGGCACCAAUUGUCCUAUUCCCCCUGGGAAAAACUUCAUUUAUAUUCUCCGGGCUAAGGAUCAAAUAGGCAGCUUCUUCUAUUUCCCUUCACUUGCAUUCCACAAGGCAGCAGGAGGGUUUGGUGGAAUCAAGAUCUUUAGCCGCCCAAGAAUUCCUGUUCCUUUUCCUAACCCAGCUGGAGAGCAUACAGUUCUGGCUGGUGACUGGUUCAAGAAAAACCAGACAAUCUUAGACACUGGGAAUGGUAUGCCCUUUGCUGAUGGGCUUCUCAUCAAUGGCCGUGGUUGGAAUGGAUACACAUUCAAUGUUGAUCAUGGUAAGACAUACAGGUUCAGGAUUUCAAAUGUGGGUCUUACCACAUCCAUCAACUUCAGAAUUCAGGGACACAAGUUGAAGCUGAUAGAGGUGGAAGGGUCUCACACACUUCAGAGCACCUGCUCUUCCCUUGAUAUCAAUCUGGGCCAGUCUUACUCUGUUUUGGUUACUGCCGAUCAGCCUGUACAGGAUUACUACAUUGCUGUUUCUUCACGUUUCACCAACACAGUUCUCACAACUACAGCCAUUGUCCAUUACAGUAGCACAGAUAACCCUCCCCCUAGAAUCUUCCAAAUGCUUUGGACCCUCAUAAUUAAUAUUCCUCUUCCUGAGCAAACCAAGAUCAUGGCUACUUGUGUUUUUCUUCUUGUACUAAUGUUCUUCAAUGAAAUUCUCUCUGUUGAAGGAAGGCUUUUAAAGACUGGAAAACUUGAUAACAACUGCUGGGAAUGCAACCGGAAAUGGAAAGAACAACUUGAAAGCAAUGGCUACUGCUGGUCACAGUCCUGGUGUUGGCAAUUCCAUAAAAAACUGAGCACAAUGGAACAGCUUGCCAAUAAUGCAAACAUCGUUAAUGGCAAGCAGAGGUAUGCUGUCAAUGGUGUCUCAUUCGUUCCAGCAGACACGCCAUUGAAACUAGCAGAUUACUACAAGAUCCCUGACAUCUUCAAUUUUGGAAGCAUUCCCAAUAAACAUCCUGGUGACGGCAGAUGCGACCUUAAGACUUCUGUCAUGGCUGCAGAUUUCAGGGUUUAUGUUGAGAUUGUGUUUGAGGAUUGGACGGACACUGUACAAUCAUGGUACCUUUUUUAUUUGGAGUUUUUUUGGAUGAACAGGAUGGGUCAAGCCCGGUGGUCGCCUAAGAGCAGACGAAGUUGCAAUUUGAGAGACACGGUUGCUCGUUCAACUACUCAGGUUUACCCAAAUUCAUGGACUGCAAUAUAUAUGGCUUUAAUUCAAAGAUUUACUGUUUCUACUUUAAAAUGGAUAGCAGAAACAAUGACAGUAUAA